AGUCCACCAAGUGGGAUGUUGUUCAAAAGGGAUCCAACCUGAACGAAUAUACAGUCGACCCCUUUACAUGCAUUAGCUUCGAUCAAACAGGAGAGUUUUUAGCUGCUGGGGACAAAGGGGGGCAUAUUGUUGUGUUUAGGUGUAAUGCGAAGCUGCGGAAAAUAUACGAUAUUUAUUGCUCUUUUACGAGCCAUGAAUCAGAAUUUGAUUACCUAAAAUCUCUGGAGAUUGAAGAGAAGAUCAAUUCGAUUACUUGGCUGACAAAAUUAAACCCCUCAAACCAUCUUCUCUCGACGAAUGAUUCUAUACUUAAUGAGUUGCUUUUGUCUCUUAUAUGUAUCCCCUGUAUAUCCUAUUCUAUAGAUAAUCAGGAUUGA